AUGGAGAAAGACAUGCGCCAACCCGAGCCCCCCGCCUCGACAGAGGGCAAGGCCGCCUCCGAGCUCAACUACUCCCGGACGGACCCCGAGACGGGCGGUUCGAGUGGGUUCAGCGCCUGGUUCGGCGGUCGCAACACAAAGGUCGGACCGAGGAUAGCGCCCGUCCAGGAGAACAUCGUCGACGCCUCCGACAGCGAGGCGAGCGCCGACGCGAUCCUCGGCAAGCAGCUCGCGGAGGAGGACGGCCACGCCAUCAAGUACCGGACGUGCAGCUGGCAAAAGACUGCUGGAUUGCUCUUCUCCGAGUACAUUUGCCUGGCCAUCAUGAGUUUUCCGUGGUCGUAUAGUAUUCUCGGCCUCGUUCCCGGCUUGAUUCUGACUGCCGUCAUUGCGCUCAUCGUCCUCUACACCUCGCUGGUGCUCUGGCAGUUUUGCUUGAGACACCCCGAAGUUCGUGAUGUGUGCGACAUUGGGCAGAUGCUCUUCUGGGGCAAGAAAUGGGCUUGGUACGCCACGGCCUUCAUGUUUAUUUUGAAUAAUACGUUCAUCCAAGGCCUCCAUGUUCUCGUCGGCGCCAAGUACCUCAACACCAUGACCGAGUCCGACCCGGUCGUCUGCCGUACGGUCGUCUUCUCCAUCGUUGUUACUGUCAUCUGCUGGGUCUCGUCCUUGCCGCGAACAUUUUCCGCCCUCUCCAAGGCUGGAACCGCCUCGGCUGCGUUCACAUUCAUUUCCGUGCUCCUGGCAACCAUCUUCGCCGGCAUUCAAGCGCAUCCCGCCGGCUACGACCCUCGUCCCUCUUACGUUGACAAGAACGGCGUCACCCAGACGGGCGGCAACCCCGUCGUCACCGCCAUUCCAAUUUACGGCACCACGUUCGUCUCUGGUAUGAAUGCAUUCUUGAACAUCAGUUAUACCUUCAUUGGGCAGAUCACUCUCCCCAGCUUCAUCGCGGAGAUGAAGGAUCCUCGGGACUUCCCCAAGGCGCUCUGGGCCGUCACGAUCGGCGAGAUCAUCGUCUUCAGCAUCGUCGGCGCCGUCAUUUACGCCUACACCGGCAACCAGUACAUGACCGCCCCUGCUUUCGGCUCUCUCGAGGAGGUCUACAAGAAGGUGUCUUUCUCCUUCAUGAUUCCCACCCUGAUCUUCCUCGGCGUGCUGUAUGCCAGUGUCUCGGCCCGCUUCCUCUUCUUCCGCUUGUUCAAGGGCACGAAGCAUCUGCACGAGCACACCGUCAUCGGAUGGGGAUCUUGGGCUACCAUUUUGCUUGCUCUCUGGCUUUUGGCUUUCUUGAUUGCCGAGGUGAUCCCGUUCUUCUCGUCUCUCCUCUCCCUCAUGUCUUCGCUUUUCGAUUCAUUCUUCGGCUUCAUCUUUUGGGGUGUCGCAUACUUCCGCAUGCGCGGUGCCGACAACCGGGCUGGGGUUCCGAAACCCAACAAGCUCGUCGACCUGGCAUCCGUGGGACUCAACAUCAUCAUCAUUCUCACCGGUGUUUUGUUCCUGACUGCGGGUACUUACGCCAGUGUUGAGGGCAUUAUUCAAGAAUUCGAGGCCGGUACCGUCGGCAAGGUAUUCGGCUGCGCGAGCAACGGUAUAUGA